AUGGCGGCGAUCGACGUUUCGGUGACGAGCACGUUGCGGCAGAUGUGGCAAUGCACAUCGCCAGGUCUGAACUUCAACUUCGCGUUGUCUCGACAGAUCUCGGUGUCGGAGGUGCCAGACAGCGCAAAUGGGGGAGGAGGCGCGAGCUUCUUCGACGCGCUGCGCCGGCGCUUGGCCCAUCGCCUGGGCCUCAACUUCCGGCGCCUCGGCCUGGCGGCUUCAGCGGAGGCGCUGGGGCCGCAGAGCCCGUGGCAGGCGGAGGCGCUGGUGGCGGUGGCCAUGCAGUAUGCCGAGGCGCCGGGCCUGGCUCACUUCGCGCGCGCCCUUCACGAUGGUGACCUGGAGGCCAUUGCUAAGGUCCUGGAUGGGCCCUGUGACCCCAACGCGCUGCUUGCCGCAGGGCCCCGCAGCUUGCCGCUGCAUUUGGCGGCGGCACAUGGAAAAGCAGCAGUAGUGGAGUGCCUCUUGGAGGCCGGGGCCGAUCAGGAGAAGGAAGACCUCCAGGGCGUGACCGCGCUCUUCAUGGCAGCAUUUCACGACCACGUGUCUGUGGUGAAAGUGCUCCUCAAAGCCAAAGCCGACAAGGACCGGGCGGACACAGACGGGUUGACACCUCUGUGUGCUGCCGCGGCCAAUGGGCACCGCGCGGUGGUGGAGUGCUUGUUGGAGGCCGGCGCCAACAAGGACAAGCACGACAACGACGGCAACACGCCUCUGCUGGCGGCUGUCAUCAACGAUCGGAUGCUGGUGGUCUGCUGCUUGUUGUCGGCCAAAGCUGACCAAAACGCGCGGAAUGUCCAAGGCUUCACCGCCUUAACCGCCGGGGCCAACAACGGCCAUGCGGAUGUAGUCCGGUGCUUGCUGGAUGCUGGCACUGACAAGAACCAGGCCUGCGACGACGAGCGCACGGCCUUAUUUGUGGCUGCCGCCAACGACCGCCAGGCAGCCGUCAGCUGCUUGCUGCAAGUGGGCGCCAACACCGACCAGGCGGACAACGAUGGCAUCACGCCGCUCUUCGCGGCAGCCUCCUUGGGGCACAGGGAGGUGGUGUCUUACCUGCUGGAAGCCAAAGCGGAUGCGGCAAAGCUUGAGACCAACAAGGGCCGGGGUCCGCUGUUGGCGUCGGUGAUCAACGGGCACCUGCCGGUGGUGGAGUGCCUGCUGGAGGCCCGCGCCUUCGCUGACCAGGCAGACUUCGCGGGGCUCACGCCGCUGAUGGCGGCGGCCAUCAACGCGGACGCCAAAGUGGUCCGCUGGUUAUUGGAUGCCAAAGCCGACAAGGAGAAGGUGGACGGCGAUGGGAACACGCCUCUGAUGGCCGCUGCGGUGCGGGGCCACGAGGCAGUGCUUUGCAGCCUCUUGGACGCCGGUGCUGACCAGGACCACGCGGACUGCGACGGGAUUUCGCCCCUCUGCGCUGCGGCCGGGCACGGGCACUUGGCGGUAACCAGGCAGAAGCCAGAGGCUGUGGAGGGCUGGAGGGCUGGGCGAAUGCAACAUCUCCUUGCCAAGUUGAGGAUAGGGCAGACGAUGAGGGCAGCACAGCGUUGA